AUGUCGAACUCGGGCAGAAAGGACUUUGACGUGAAGCACAUCCUGCGCCUCCGCUGGAAGCUGUUCAGCCACCCGGCCGCGCCGCCGGGCGGCUGCCUCCCGCCCGACAGCAGCUUCGAGCACUGGGGGCCGAGCCAAAGCCGCCUGCUGAAGAGCCAGGAGCGGGGCAGCGGCGCCUUCUGGAAGCGAGCCUCCUCGUCGUCGUCGUCGGGGUCCUCCUCCUCGUCGUCGUCGUCGUCGUCGUCCUCCUCCUCCUCUUCCUCGCCGCCCUGCGCCGCCUCCUCGCCGCCCCUCAACGGCACCUUGCUGCCCGCCACCCGGCUCCAUGGACUGGCCGAGCCGCCGCGGCUGGCCCCGCGCACCGUCUUCUACGUGGAGUCCCUGGAGGAGGGGCCCGGCGGGGGCGGGCUGGACGAGCUCCCCCGGCUGCGCGAGAAAGCGCUGGCGCCGCGCGAGGCCAAGGAGCAGCCCGCGCCCUUCCCGGAUGGCGGCGGCGGCCAGGCAACAGGUGACGGGGCCGCGCACAGGUUGCCGGUCACUAGCCUUCCCCUGACACCUCAAUGUGAUAUGGAUUCCAGUAGUUCUGAGGAAUUCUAUCAAGCUGUCCACCAUGCUGAACAAACCUUCAGGAAGAUGGAAAGUUACCUGAAACAACAGCAACUCUGUGAUGUGAUCCUGAUUGCUGGGAACCGGAAGAUACCUGCACAUAGACUUGUUUUGAGUUCCGUUUCUGAUUACUUUGCUGCCAUGUUUACAAGUGAUGUUUGUGAAGCCAAGCAAGAAGAAAUCAAAAUGGAAGGCAUUGACCCAAGUGCUCUCUGGGAUCUUGUUCAGUUUGCAUAUACAGGUUGUUUAGAACUUAAGGAAGAUACAAUCGAAAACCUCCUGGCGGCCGCUUGUCUUCUUCAGCUUCCUCAAGUCGUUGAAGUGUGUUGUCAUUUUCUCAUGAAACUUUUGCAUCCAUCUAACUGUUUGGGAAUCCGGGCAUUUGCGGACGCUCAAGGAUGCACAGAGCUUAUGAACGUGGCUCACAACUACACCAUGGAGAACAUAAUGGAGGUGAUUAGGAAUCAAGAAUUUUUACUGUUACCAGCUGAGGAACUGCAUAAGCUUCUUGCCAGUGAUGAUCUGAAUGUCCCGGAUGAAGAGACCAUUUUUGAUGCCUUAAUGAAGUGGGUUAAAUAUGACAUGCAAAGGAGAUGCACUGACCUGAGUAUGUUACUGGCUUAUAUCCGAUUACCACUUCUUCCACCACAGAUUUUAGCUGACCUAGAAAACCAUGCACUUUUUAAAGAUGACUUGGAAUGUCAGAAGCUGAUUCUGGAAGCCAUGAAAUAUCAUCUUUUGCCAGAAAGACGAACUCUGAUGCAAAGCCCAAGAACUAAGCCAAGAAAAUCCACAGUCGGGACCUUGUAUGCCGUAGGUGGAAUGGACAACAACAAAGGUGCUACAACCAUAGAGAAGUAUGAUCUCAGGACAAAUAUAUGGAUCCAGGCUGGAGUGAUGAAUGGCAGAAGGCUACAGUUUGGUGUGGCUGUCAUUGAUGACAAACUCUUUGUUAUUGGAGGUCGGGAUGGUUUAAAGACACUAAACACUGUUGAAUGUUACAACCCAAAGACAAAGACAUGGACUGUCUUGCCUCCAAUGUCAACCCAUAGGCAUGGCUUAGGAGUAACUGUACUUGAAGGACCCAUUUAUGCCGUGGGAGGCCAUGAUGGCUGGAGCUAUCUAAACACAGUGGAACGCUGGGACCCCCAAAGCCAGCAAUGGACGUUUGUAGCCAGUAUGUCUAUUGCCAGAAGCACUGUUGGCGUGGCAGCAUUAAAUGGCAAGUUAUACUCAGUGGGAGGGCGAGAUGGAAGUUCUUGCUUGAGUUCCAUGGAGUAUUAUGAUCCCCACACAAACAAAUGGAACAUGUGUGCACCAAUGUGUAAGAGGAGAGGAGGUGUUGGGGUGGCCACAUGUGAUGGUUUUCUCUAUGCUGUCGGAGGCCAUGAUGCCCCUGCUUCUAACCAUUGCUCCAGACUUCUGGAUUAUGUUGAAAGGUAUGACCCAAAAACAGAUACUUGGACAAUGGUAGCUCCACUGAGCAUGCCUCGUGAUGCUGUUGGUGUCUGUAUCCUUGGUGAUAAAUUAUAUGCUGUAGGCGGAUAUGAUGGCCAAACAUACUUAAACACCAUGGAGUCAUAUGACCCUCAAACUAAUGAAUGGACACAGAUGGCUUCUCUAAACAUUGGAAGAGCAGGGGCCUGUGUUGUAGUGAUAAAGCAACCAUGACUCUGUUUGCAUUGGAUUUUAUUGACUUCUAGGUGGAUUUUUCUGUCAGAGAAACAAGAGAGAAAACUUUG